GUCGUGCGAUACGGAGCGAUACGGCCGGAGUAAUCUAUACAUAUUUUAAGCACACACGUAGAGGAAGUGUUUAGAGUCUUAGAUAAUUAAAAAGCGAGAAAGGAGAUGAAUCAAUCGAUUAGAUAUACACCGUUUAGUGAAACCGGCCUCGAUGGACCCGAUCAAAUACUAUUUACGGACGCAGAUACCACAUGUAAUCCCGAUGGCAGAGUACGAAUAAAGUUAGAUAACAAUGGAUCCAAUUCAUAUCAACCCGAAUCAAUCCCUGGAGUUUUUACUAGAACAGCAAAGCUUUACCCUGAUCAUAUAGCGUUGGUAUCUAGACCUGAUGUCAACGGCAAAAGAACCACGUAUACUUUCCAAGAAUAUGAGUCUAUUGUGAGAAUCGUCGCAAAAGCGUUUCUAAAGUUAGGUUUAGAGAGAUAUCAUAGCGUCUGCAUAAUAGGAUUUAAUAGUCCGGAAUGGAUUAUUGCCGAACUUGCGACUAUAUACGCUGGUGGAAUCGCUGUAGGGGUUUAUAUCACAAAUUCUCCGGAGGCAUGCCAAUAUUGCGCUGAACAUAGUCGAGCAAAUAUAAUAGUCGUUGAAGAUGAAAAGCAAUUGCAGAAAAUCUUGCAAAUAAAACACAAUUUGCCCUAUUUGAAAGCAAUUAUUCAAUAUGAUGGUAUACCUACCGAAAAGGAUAUUUUGAGUUGGGGUGAUUUAUUGGACAUAGGUAAGAGAGAAUCGGAGAAUAAAUUAUCACAUGUGUUAAAGACGAUAGGAAUAAACGAAUGUUGCGUUUUAGUGUACACGUCGGGGACAAUCGGACAUCCAAAAGCUGUAAUGUUAAACCAUGAUAAUUUAUUGCACGGCAUAUGGGGACUGUUACCAGUGCUACAUAUGAAAAAAAAAUCAGAAGUUAUAGUAAGCUAUUUGCCAUUAUCUCACAUUGCAGCACAGCUAAUUGACGUCAUACUAAAUAUUAUGUUAGCGAGCACAGUAUACUUUGCAGACCCAAGUGCAUUAAAGGGUACAUUAAUAAAUACGUUACUUGUGGCGCAACCUACUAUUUUCCUAGGAGUGCCCAGAGUAUGGGAAAAGAUAUAUAAAAAAAUGCAAGAGAAAACAGAUAGUAAUGGUGUAAUAAAAACAUGGAUUGCUAAAUGGGCAAAAGAACAAGCUCUUUAUUAUUAUACAAAUAAAAUAAAUGGCAUAAAUUACAAACAAUGGGGCUACCUCUUUGCAAAAUGGCUCGUUUUCGACAAAGUCAAGGCAGCAUUGGGUUUAAAUAAGUGCUACAUCUACAUUACCGGAGCAGCACCUAUAAAUAUCGACAUUAAAAAGUAUUUCUUGAGUUUAGACAUACCUUUAAUAGAAGUAUAUGGAAUGUCUGAAUCUUGUGGGUGUCAAACAAUAAACGACUUAAAAUAUAGCAUGGUUGGUGUGGGAAAACCUUUACCUGGGCUAUAUAUAAAAUUAGACAAUAUAAAUGAACACGAUGAGGGAGAAGUUUGUAUGAGUGGACGAUCCAUAUUUAUGGGUUAUUUAAAUGCACCGAAGCAAACCGAAGAAGCCAAAGAUAAAAACGGCUGGUUACAUAGUGGUGACCUUGGCAAAUUAGAUUCAAAAGGGAAUUUGUUUAUUACUGGUAGAAUAAAAGAACUUGUAAUCACAAGUGGAGGAGAAAAUGUGGCAUCAUACAAUAUAGAGCAAGCAAUAUUGUCGGAAUUAUCAUAUUUAAGUAAUGCCAUGGUAAUUGGAGAUCAAAAGAAAUAUUUAAUAGUCCUUGUCACACUUAAGAGUGAUAUGAAUGAAGAGACUGGCGCACCAUUGGAUACGCUGGCGCCAGAUGUAUUGAAAUGGGCACAUUCUAUUGGUAGUAGCGCUAAAACAGUUACAGAGGUCAUAAACUCUCGUGAUGUAGCCAUAUAUGGAGAAAUCGACAAGGCAAUUAAGAGAGCAAAUAUGCAAGCUAUAAGUAAUGCUCAAAAAGUACAGAAAUUCGAAAUUCUUCCCCAUGAUUUUUCGAUUCCAACUGGUGAAUUGGGACCCACCUUAAAACUUAAAAAGAAUGUAGUUCAGAAGAUGUAUGCUGAUUUAAUAGACAAAAUGUAUGAAUAAAAUUCUACAUUACUGUCAUAAUAAUAUUAAAG